AUGUGGGGAUUUCGCUCAUCAACAUUAGCAAACAUUUUUCUCCUACUCUUAGUUGCCAUGAGCUUUUCAGUAAACCAUGUUUCAGCUGCAAAACAUUUUCAAAAUGAGACCGAUCGACUUGCUCUGCUUGAAUUCAAGAAGCAGAUAUAUGAUGACCCAUUUGGAGUGCUGAAUUCCUGGAACCAUUCACAACACCAUUGCCAGUGGGAAGGAGUCACCUGCAGUACUCGACAUCAGAGGGUCAUAGCCUUGAUUCUAAGGUAUAAGCAGUUGUCUGGAACCAUAUCUCCUCAUGUCGGAAAUCUAAGCUUCAUGAGGUUCAUCCAACUUGCGGAGAAUCAAUUCCAUGGUGAGAUUCCCCAAGAAUUCAGUCGCCUCAAAAGGCUAAGAGUCUUGAACCUGUCAAGUAAUGCACUCGGUGGAAAAAUCCCAGAAAAUCUGAGCUACUGCGCAGAGAUGAUAGCUAUUGACCUAACCAGUAACAAGCUAGAAGGGAAGAUUCCAAUUGAUCAGCUAAGCAAUUUGAAGAAGCUUGAACAUUUUUAUCUUCGCACAAACAAUUUGACAGGAGAGAUUCCCUCUUCCAUUGGGAACUUAUCAUCAUUGAUCCGAAUCAGUCUCGACUUCAACAAUCUAGAGGGAAAUUUGCCCAUGGAGAUGGGGCUCUUGAAAAGGUUAUCUAUAUUUUCAGCAGCAGAAAAUAAACUAUCUGGUAUAAUCCCUGCCUCCAUCUUUAAUAGUUCAGCCAUUACUGUCAUUUCAGUGGCCGACAAUUCCUUUCAUGGCAAUCUCCCAACCAACAUAGGUCUCACCCUACCAAAUCUACAAGUGUUGUAUGUCGGGGGGAACAACUUGUAUGGAAACUUUCCAACUUCAAUCACUAAUGCUUCUGGGCUUGAGAUACUUGAUCUUCCCUAUAAUAAGUUCGCAGGCCAAAUUCCAACUAAUUUAGGAGAUCUGACACAACUCAAAAGAGCUAAUCUUAAUCACAAUCUCUUCGGCAAUAAUUCUACAGGAGAUUUGGAUUUUAUUGCAUCACUGACCAACUGCAGUAAUCUAAGAAUUCUGUCCUUGAGUGCCAAUACAUUUGGAGGUAAUGUAACUAAAAUCAUGGCCAAUCUCUCAAAUCAACUCACUGAAUUGUUCGUGGGAGGAAACCAACUGUCAGGAACCAUUCCAGAAGGAUUUGGAAACUUUGUCAACCUAAUUCAACUUGGCCUUGAAUUGAACUCUUUUUCAGGGAUUAUUCCAAGAGAUUUUGGCAAGUUACCAAAUUUGCAAGGAUUGCGUCUGGACCAUAAUGACUUGUCAGGACAGAUAGUCUCUACCCUAUGCAACAACACCAAUCUAUACUAUCUGGACUUAUCAUUUAACCAGUUUGAAGGGGGCAAUGUAUUUGACAAUGUUCUUAUGAACUGUCAAAAUUUGCAAUAUCUGGAUAUAUCUCAAAACAACUUCACUGGAAUUAUAUCACCACAUUUUCUGCAGACGCACUCAUCACUGAUGUACAUCAAAAUAGGUGAAAAUUUGUUUAGUGGUUCUCUGCCUCCUGAAGUUGGAAAGCUUAUACAUUUGGUGGAUUUCAAUGUUUCCCACAAUCAAUUUGCUGGAGAUAUACCCAUCUCACUUGCUGAUUGUUCAAAUCUGGAGAAUCUUUUUAUGCAGGCCAAUUUUUUCAAAGGAACAUUUCCACCAAAUUUGGCUUCUUGGAAGAGCAUCCAGCAAGUAGACCUUUCAAGUAAUAAUUUGACUGGACCAAUACCAAAAGAACUUGAGAAGCUUCAAUAUUUGAGGUACUUAAACCUUUCCUACAACAACAUCGAGGGCGAGAUACCAAACACAGGAAUUUUCAGCAAUGCAAGUCAAAUAUCAUUGAUUGGCAACAACAAACUCUGUGGAGGCAUUCCAGAAUUGGAGUUCCCACCUUGCCCAGUGAUUAAGGGGAAAAACAGAGGAAAGCUGAAGGUUGUCAUAUUGCUGUCCAUUGUUUUACCGGCUACGCUUCUGGUUCUUAUUACAGUGUUGUUAUAUAUCUUGGUAUAUCGAAAAAGAGAAAGAAGACUGGUGGCCGGAUUCUCUAGCAUGCCUACAGGAGUCGAUAAGCUCUUGCGAAUUUCUUACCACGAACUUCAUCGUGCAACUUCAGGAUUUUCUUCAGAAAACUUAAUUGGCUCAGGAAAUUUUGGAGCUGUCUACAAAGGAAGGCUAGAAAAACAUGGCAAUAUGCUUGUAGCAGUCAAAGUUCUUGAUCUUCGAAAGAAUGGGGCUUCCACAAGUUUUAAGGCCGAGUGCAAAGCAUUGAGAAAUAUUCGCCAUAGAAACCUUGUCUCUAUCGUGAGUUAUUGCUCCAGUAUUGAUUCCAAGGAUGAUGAAUUCAAAGCUCUAGUCUAUGAGUUGAUGGAAAAUGGAAAUCUAGACCUGUGGCUGCAUCCAGAGACAACUGAUAAACCAACAAGCUCAAGAAGCCUUAAUCUUUCUCAGAAGCUGAACAUUGCAAUUGAUGUGGCUUCAGCAUUGCAGUAUCUUCACAACCACUGUGAAGCAGAGAUUGUUCAUUGUGAUCUAAAACCAAGUAACAUUCUUCUUGACAAUGAUCUUGUUGCACAUGUGGGUGAUUUUGGAUUGGCAAGGCUUCUCCCGAAACCCGUCAACAGAUCUUCCGAGAAAGAAGGCAGCAGUACUAUUGCUAUAAAAGGAACAAUCGGUUACGCAGCCCCAGAAUACGGAAUGGGUCUUACGGCAUCAACUCUUGGGGAUGUCUAUAGUUAUGGGAUUCUCCUGCUAGAGAUGAUCACUAGGAGGAGGCCAACUGAUGAUAUGUUUAUGGACGAGCUAGAUCUGCAUAACUAUGUUAAUAGGGCUCUGCCUGAACAAGUUUGUGAGAUCGUGGAACCCUUGAUUCUUUGCAAAGCAGGAGAUGGAAACAGAAGAAUAACUCCUAAAAGGGAAAAUAUCAAUGGUGGAAGAGAGAUGGAGUGUGUUAUUUCCCUGUUAAAACUCGGCCUCAAAUGCUCACAAAGAUUGCCAAAUGAUCGGAUGCACAUGAAUGAAGUUGUCAGCAAAUUACAUCUCAUUAAGGAUGUUUUUCUCGGUGCCAGGGUACAUCAAGAAAAUCUUGAAGUUUAA